UGCACCUUUGUUGUAUUUGAGUUGACGUUCAUUAAAGUAUUUAUAAGAAUUGUAUAUAGUGUUUUAAUAAACGAUUGUGAGAAUAAAAGUUCGAUAAUGAUCAUAAAUGAUCCAGAUGCUUUCAAAACUUGGCUCACUGCCAUUCUAGAACCUCUUUGUGAUGCUGAUCCCAGUGCUCUUGCCAAAUAUGUAUACGCUCUUUGUAAAAAGGAUCGUACUGAGAGUGAACUUAGGGAAUCAAUGCUUGAUCAGCUAGAUGUAUUUUUACAAACAGGUACAAAGCCAUUCGUGGAAAAGUUAAUGAGAACACUCGAGACACAAGACUUUCGGUUGCCUUCACCUGAUGUGGUGACGAUAAAAGAGGAAAAAUUGUCGCCUAUAAAGAUUUCUAGCUCGGGUUCUUCAGUUCCAUCACCAGUCGCGUCAACAAUAGAAGCGGCCACGCCACCUCGAGAGACUAGUCCAGCGUCACCCACGCCUACGAAUCAGGAUAAAGCUUCCAAUCAGCUCGCUAAGGUUACCGAACAAAAAAAUGUAAAUAAAAUAUCCCCCUCAAUACGUAAAGAUAUUUUACAGCAUUCAAUAAAUACUAUUGUAAUUAAGAAAGAAAGGGAAACAUCUAAAGAAAAGGACGCAGUCUCAUUAAAUACAGAUUAUAUAAAUGGUUCAAUAAAGAAAGAACGGGAUUCCCGGAAAAAUGAAACGGAACGAGACGACCGUAGAAGACACAGAUCUAGAACAAGGUCGAGAUCUCGAUCUUGGGAAAGAUCAAGGAGAUCCAGAUCACGUGACAGAAGAGAACGCGACAAAUCCCGUCAAUGGAGAAACAAAUCUCCUCCAACAAUCGGGGCAACAGGGCACGCACCCCCCUCACGUAGAUAUCGACCCAGUCCUCCCCCACGAGGAGGUCGUUUAUCAGGGAAUAACAGGUCCAGGUCUGGUAACAGAUAUAGAAAUAGAAGUCCGUCACCUCCGCUGAGAUCGAGGCAUUCAAAACCUAGAGAUGACAGAAAUUCAAGAUCGCGAACAAGAAGUAGGAGUCGAAGUAGGACUACGGAUAGAGAUUUGCUUUCUGGGCCAGCAACUCCUACUCAGGAUUCUAAUCAUGGUGAACCAGACUUGCGUUUAGGUAGCACUGCUCAAUCAAUUCAGUCAGUAGUUCCAUUAAAAUCGUUGAGUCAACGGUGUAGAGACUAUGACGAGAAAGGCUACUGUAUGAAGGGAGACUUGUGUCCAUAUGAUCACGGAGUUGAUCCUGUGAUACUCCAGGAUGUUAACCUGCCAGGAGUAUUAGCUGGAUUUGCGCCUAGUACAAAUACAGAUGUGUCCGUACCAGUACCUGGAACUGUUCCUCCGCCGCCUCCACAACAGCCAGUUCUACCAAGGAUAGCACCGCCACCUCACUCUGAAUAUAAUCCUGACGCCCCUGCAAUGUGGCAUCCAGGACAACCACCACGUAACGCUCCUCCACCACCCCCCGCCGCUCCCUUCAUUCGCCAAGGCGGCCCUCGCUACCCACCUCAUGGUGCUACUCACCCACCACCUCAUAUGUUUGGAGGUCCAGCUCCACCAUUUGCCUAUGGAGGACCGAGACCACCGCCACCACCAACAAGAGAACUAAUAGCUGUGCCUGUAGUUGACGACGUCAGCAGGGCUGGAGGUGAAGUAGGUGGUAGUAGGGGACCAAAGCGAGCAAUAGAGGCGGAGUCGAUUGAAAGCUUGCCAAAGAGGAAAGGGCAGUUCGACUUCAAUCGUUUAGGACCUCCACGCGGUGCUAUGAGGCCCAGUAGUGCUUUAGAACUGAAGAAAGUUCCCAGGGGUCUAAACACAAUUGAACACUUAAAUAAUCAUUUUUCCAGAUUUGGAAAAAUAGUUAAUAUUCAGAUAUCUUAUGAAGGAGAUCCAGAAGGAGCAAUAGUGACGUUUUCAACCCAUGCUGAAGCUAAUGCUGCAUAUAGAAGCACUGAAGCAGUGCUAAAUAAUAGAUUUAUAAAAGUCUUCUGGCAUAAUCCAGAGACGAAGAAUGAGCAAACUGUGCCGCCAAUUCAAGCUUUUCAUCCCAUGCCUGGUAUGACACAUAAUCGACAGAUGAUUAAAGAUAAUACAGGUGGUGGUGCUGUCGGCCAGCCCAACUCGCCAUUUGCUGCAGCUGUAACCGUUAAAGAUACUGCGGCAACAGCCACUGGUGGUGGUGCUGCUUUUCCUCCAACUACGCAUCCUACUGCCAAUAGAGGUGAAGCUGGUGGAGCUCCUGCUACGGAUGCAAAGGCUCAAGCUAUUUCGGCUAUACAAAAAAACCAAGCAGCAUUGGCUGCACAGCACGCUCUUAGGAAAAAGAAAGAGGAAAGUCGAAAAGAGGCUUUAGCAAUAGCAAAGGGGCUAUCAAAACGUAAGCAAGAUCUUUUACAAGGCCAACUGAAACAGCAAAGGCUGUUAAUAGAAAGAUUAGAAAAAGCUGAGAAUCAAUCUCAGAGAGAUAUGCUUAUGACUACAAUUAAAACGGUACAAGAAUCGAUUGAGAAGCUGCAAACAGAAAUAAAAGCCGCACGGGAUUCGAUUAUUAAUACUACGAAUCCUGCUGCAUCUGCAAAUCUAAGUGCUAAGCCUGGGGUAAAACCAAAUAAAUUAACUAAGGAACAGGCACAGAAAGAAAUAUUGGAUGCUGAGUUAGAGAUCUUCACUAAACAGCAAUCGGGUGCCGAUAUUUCGGCAUUGCAGAGAAAAGUCGUUGAACUUAGAGCUCAAGUGCCAUAUCUUAAGGCUAGCUUCCCCAGAGGACGUGGCGGUUAUAGAGGAGGUGCAAAAGGUCCACUUGGAAGGAUGCCACAUCAUGUAACAAGUGUUGAUAGGCGCCCAACUAAGCUUUUGGUUACUGGAUUUGAAAGGGACGAAGCUGAUCAUGUUGUUGAACACCUUAAGUGGUUCCCUGACAUACAAGUUUAUUUCGUACCGCAACCACGCUCAAAUUUGGAGAGGUCUCCUGAAUAUUUAUUAGAACCCACCACACCUGCCCUGAGUGUACGUUUUGCGAUUAGAGUCCAGGCGGAACAUGCCAUGGUGAGAGGACAACACUUCAGGGAAAAGCUGCUGUCUAUGACAUGGAUUUCAGAGAACAACAAACCUGACAAAGCAAAGUCUUCUGAUUCUGUUAACCAUACAAAAAUUAAGAGAACUAGUCUAAAUUCAAAUAACAAAACAGACUCGAAUGAUGAUAUUGGUGAUCCUUCAUUGGACAUAGACGACAGCUUUUUUAAUGACCUAGCUGGUAACGAUCUGGAGCUACAGGGAGGCGCUGAAAGUGACAAUGAGCAAAUGAAAUACAUCGCUUUUGAGGAGUCUCUUCUGCAGGAAGAAGAUGAAGAUGAUGAAGAAACAGAAGACAGGUCAUGGCGACGUUAGGAAUUUGAAUUUUAAAAAACUAUGAGAAACCAAAUAUUUAUCGGUGGUCAAUUUUGCUAGAAAAUUAUUUAUACAUUUGUUAUAGAUGCGCAUUCAAGAAAUGUCCUAGUGGCAUUUUCUAAAUUCGGUGCACUUUAUUUUUUUUUUUUUUCAAAUUUUUUUAACUAAAUUUUUAGAA